AUGGAGGCACCUCCAAAAAAGAAGAUUGUAGCAAAGGUCACGGCAAACAUUUAUGAGCCAAGCUCGCCAGGUUUCGUGGCUGCCAGCGCCGUCCGUGCCAAAGUGAGCUCGUCUAGCGUGUCCAGAGGCAGCAGUGUCGUCAAUGGUGGCCAUUCCAGAAACAAUUCUGCCUCCAAGGCUGCUGUUCGUGGAGGGGGUUACUCGUCGGAAGCCGUGUCCUCGCCAUUGACACGAGCUUUUCCCUCUGCGCCUCCAUCGAGCAUUGGAAGAUCAGCUGGUCAUGGACUCUCGCCAAACUCGCUCCUCUUUGCGCCCGAAUCGAGUUCUUCGCCGGCGAGUCCAAGCACACGCCAACAGCCUCGCAUUACCGUCAGACAGCCCAAACGAAUGGACUCUGCAACGAGUGCAUUGUCUGCAAAGUUUAAGGCGAAUCAAUCCUACGAAUCACCCCCAAUAUCCCCCCCAACUUCGCCCAGAUCGGUUGCCUUUUCGGCUCUUUCCGUCGCGUCCCCAGCAACGCAGAGUCCCGCUACAUCUCCACCUACAGUUCGACCGCGCGUUACGUCUUCCAUCCGCAUACAACCGCAGAAGAUGCAGGGCUUGAACGUGAAUACGGGAAGAGCCACACCAACGGCCAUGGGCCAUCGGUCACGGAAUCCAUCAAUAUCUUCGAUUUCUGCGCUUGGAAAUGGGCCGAAAACUGGGUCGACAGCGAGGGCCAUUCCACAGCAGAAGCAGUCCCCUCCACGUCUCGAAAUCCCUCAUUCGCCACCGACGUCGACAUUAUCAUCUCGAUCAUCUGCAUCGCUGCAUUCGAGCUCUCUCGCAUCCACUUCUGUUUCUGCACCUUCACAUCUGAGUCUAUCAACCGCGACAGAAGGCGAAUCCGACUCUGACCAGGAAGAGGAACAUGUAGAGAGAGACCAAGCGUCGACCCCGCAGAAUGAGGUGGACGAGGAUGAUGUCUUUGCUGAGGAAGCGAGAUCGAAUAGAAAGAUUCUCGAUUUAGAAAUCUCCAAUCAGUCUUUAUUGACGGUCAAUACUAUGCUCGAGGCUACGAAACUGCGGCAGGCACGCGAAAUCAAGGACCUCCGACGAAAACUACGAGAAGUCAAACAUCUCCCUAGCAAAACACUCUAUGCCAAUGCUGAAACCAUGUCACCGACCGCCUCUGAUAUUUCAUUGCCCAACCGCAAAAACUCUGCAUCGUCCCAUUCGUCAGAUGAAGAAGAAGAAGCAGAAGCAGAACCGGACCCAAUCUACGACCGUAUACAAAAGCUCGUCGAGGGCCUCCUCUCACAAGCGCAUCGCGCGCUGGAGAGGACAAUUGAUGAUUGUAUGCCGGCUCCGACGAAUACCGUCAAGGUUCUCAGUGCGGUCGAGGUGCAGCAGUACGAACGUCGUACGUUGGGUCUUCCCGAAGAGGAAGAGUCCAAGGACGACCACGACCAUGAACACGAUGAUCCGGAUAUAUCCAUUGACGAAACGAACGAGGUAAAGGAGGUUGUGCAAGACGUCAAGGAGGCGCUCAAGUCGCCUCUGGAAGACGACCUUGGAUAUGUCGCAUCUGGGGAAGAGACGCGCAAGAAGCGAGGCCUCUUCCUGUUCAAUUGA